AAGAAGAGGAACCAGUAGGGGGCAGGGUGGGGAGAACAGGGAGUAAGAGAGAUCCCUAUAAUCUGCCCCAGAAUCCUUCCCCGGCCCUCGGCGCCCCAUCCCAAGCAUGAAGACCACGUGCUGGGGCCCCCUGGCCCUCCUGCUUCUCCUCCUCCUGGGGACCCAGGGAUACAAAAUCGAUGGGAUAAAUAUGGAGGAAGUAUGCGGAAGGCCCCACCAAUCAGGGCGAGCCUUGAAGGACGUGGACCCAUCUCUGCUCAGGUGGCCCUGGCAGGCCAAACUCAUCUAUAAGAAGAGACACUGGUGUGAGGCCACCCUCAUCUCGCCCAGCUGGAUCUUAACGGCAGCCCACUGCUUCCGCAAUCAAACAAAAAAUCCCUGGCUUUGGAAAGUUCACCUAGGAUCCAAGAAAAUCAGGCUCGAUCAACCAAAUGUUAACCAGUUUUAUGACAGACAUGUGUCAGAAAUCAUCCUGUACCCUCACUACAAUAGAAAUCCGUCCAAGGACAUUGCCUUGGCCAAGAUGAGUUCCCCAGUAUCCUUCAUGCAUACCAUCCAGCCCAUUUGUCUCCCUACUUCCUUGGAAGAGUUUCAGAAUGUGACCUCCUGCUGGUUGACUGGCUGGGGAAGAGAGCAGGAAGCACAAAUGAGAAUGAAUUUAAAGAAACAUAGUCACGUGCAGGAGCUAGAGGUACCCCUCAUUGAUCAAAAGACCUGUGACAUCUAUUAUCACAAGGGAUUAAACAUUUCAGGUCAAGUGAGUCUGGUAUUUGAUGAUAUGUUUUGUGCCGGCUUUUCAAGUGACAAGAAUAUCUGCCAGAGUGGCUUUGGAGGGUCCUUGUCCUGUAAGAUUAAUGGUACCUGGCGUCAGGCUGGGAUUGUGAGCUGGGAGAUGAAUUGUGACCUUCCUAGCCUGCCUAGUGUCUACACCAACAUCAGCAUCUAUACCCCCUGGAUCCUAAAGACCACUAACUCAAGUACCCCUGACCUGCAUCCCUCAGGGAUCUUCUGCACCUUCCCUCUGCUGUUACUUUGGGAUUUCUUAGGCCCCCUUAGUUCACUCUUCACCUUCAUCCUAAUCAAGUUCAUCACGUUCAUCAUUUCUUAGUUUAUCCUAGUCAAGAUUCAGCAAGUGUGGCUAAGAACUAGUUCUCAACCCAAGGCUAGACAUUAUAGCAAAGAUUAAGUCAAAGUCUUUACUUGCCCCAGUUAAAUGAUAUUUGAAGACACCACCAUCCCCAGCACCUAAGGAAGCUGGCACAUUAGAAAUAGACAAUUAAAUUGUAGUAAUACUUAAGGAUGGAGGUCAGAAAAACUUUGGGUCCUUUAUGCACUCACAAGCUUCUUUCUUUGUUUACCAUGGAUUGACUGUUACAAUAAAGAUUUUCUUUUUAUGUGGA